GGGUACAUAACUCCAUGGUGAUGCAGUGAGUCUGUUGUGUAGACUGGAAACCAAAGUAAGGUAAACGGGGGAGGGUCGGCUACGGGGGGGCUUUCAGUGAGUUACAAUGCGUCUUUCAGGGUGUUGAACGGUCUCGGUAAACGAUGAGCCAACUUUGCCGGUCAUCUCGAAGCGGAAUGAGCCACUCUUGAACCCCGAAAACAAGUCCUUCCUGGCGGGGGAGAGCGAGAAUGCAGAAGCCGAGAGCCCUGCUCGCUGUUGUCGGCUUGACUGGGAAAUGGUAGCGUACUGUAGGAACCGCACUUGGAAGGAACAUGGUCGAGAGGAGCAGCAAAUUCUUGUUGAUCGUCGUCGGAUCCGUGUGUUUUAUGCUGAUUCUCUAUCAGUACGUGGCUCCCGGGGUGAUCAAUUUCGGCUCCCCGCACGGUUAUUUCACGGAGGAAGACGAGGGGGAUAUCUUCCCCACUCCGGACCCCCACUACGUUAAGAAAUACUACUUCCCCGUCAGAGACCUAGAGAGGACGAUUGAUUUCCAAAUCAAAGGGGAGGACGUGAUCGUGUUUUUGCACAUCCAGAAGACCGGGGGGACUACCUUCGGCAGGCACCUGGUCCAGAAUGUACGUCUGGAGGUCCCCUGCGACUGCAGACCGGGCCAGAAGAAGUGUACCUGCUACCGGCCGAACCGCAAGGAGACCUGGCUCUUCUCCCGGUUCUCCACCGGCUGGAGCUGCGGCUUGCACGCCGACUGGACCGAGCUCACCAACUGUGUGCCAGGGGUCCUCAACAAGAAGGAGAACAAACAGAAAAAUCUAAGGAAGUUCUACUACAUCACUUUGCUAAGGGACCCGGUGUCUCGAUACCUCAGCGAGUGGCGGCACGUGCAGCGGGGAGCCACGUGGAAAACCUCCCUGCACAUGUGCGAUGGACGGACCCCUACGCCCGAGGAGCUGCCCUCGUGCUACGAGGGCUCCGACUGGUCAGGGUGCACCCUGCAGCAGUUCAUGGACUGCCCUUACAACCUGGCCAACAACAGACAGGUUCGUAUGUUGGCGGACCUGAGCCUCGUCGGCUGCUACAACAUGUCCACGGUUCCAGAGAAGAAAAGGGCCCAGCUCCUCCUGGAGUCCGCCAAGAAGAACCUUCGAGACAUGGCCUUCUUUGGUCUGACAGAGUACCAGAGGAAAACCCAGUUCCUGUUUGAACGAACCUUCAGGUUGCGCUUCAUCAGGCCUUUCAUGCAGUACAACAGCACCCGAGCUGCGGGGGUGGACUUGGACAACGCUACGGUCCAGCGUAUAGAGGAGCUGAAUGAGCUGGACAUGGAGCUGUACGACUACGCCAGGGAUCUGUUCCAGCAGCGCUACCAGUACACCAGGCAGCAGGAGAGGCGGCAGCAGCGCAUCAAGAACCACUUGCAGCAGAGCCACCAGGGCCUGGGCCUGGGCGUCAACCUGUGGCCCUCCCAUGGCCGGCAGAGCUCGGUGUCGACACUGGAGGACGGAGAAGGGGAGAGGGAGGAGCGGGAGGAGGGUGAGGAGGGAGGCAGAACGGAGGAGGCGGGCAGCAGGCUUCCCACUGAGGACUACAUGAACCAGAUCAUCAACCGCUGCAAAAGCGUCAGUCUCAAACGAGCCUUCUUCCCACCUGCUGAAAGGGCGCACACAGCACCGGUGACCUGUAGUUCGUUAAUGGGGCUGGUAUUUUACUUGGUUUUACCCUGAAGGACGCACGGGGCAAGGUAGCAGUGCCUCUAUGUACUGGGAUCAUAGUCAACAUAAUUAUUGCCAGAUAUUAUGUCUGCAUUAUACUCCAGUGAUUUCUCUGACUACUCGUGUGUGUGUGUGUGUGUGUGUGUGUGUGUGUGUGUGUGUGUGUGUGUGUGUGUGUGUGUGUGUGUGUGUGUGUGUGUGUGUGUGUGUGUGUGUGUGUGUGUGUAUUUUUUAAUAGUAUGUACAGUAUGCCUUUGAUUGGCGUAUGUGUAUGCCUUUGUAAAUAGCGUGCCUGACUGAGAGAGGAUGCCUGAUGAGUUUUGUGAAUGACUGGUUCCAUGACCAAUUAUCUUGCCAUUUUUUUUUUUUUUUUGUGGUGAAGGGGCAGGGCAACAAAGUCCCUCCAACAGUAUGUCACAGCAGUGUGACCAUCACAGUGAUGCAAGCCAAUAAUAUUCCCCUCUGCCCUUUCCUUUAUCAGUUUAUUUCCCCUUUUUCCUAUUACCUCCCGUGACGUAGUUACACAUGAGGACUGUAUCACUCUAAUUAUCUAAAACUAAUUUAGAUUUUUCAAAAUCUGCACGUGUGACACGUCUUUAUUCUUGACAGCAAAAUCUACAAGUAGGAUUGGCUCACGACAGUCGGCUCCGCCAAUUGCAGCAAAUUCUGUGACCCAGGAUUACAGAAUUUGUUGUAGCAGCGUUUCCUGCUUUGCAAAAAUACCCACAUUCGCUAAGCUUUGAUCCUAACGAAUCUCUUGUUGAACAUUUUAUCUCUCCUCCUGCACCGUAGAAAACAUGUACUGUAUGUAGCUUUUGCCUGUUAAAAUGACAAACGUCACCCACAUUAGGACCGUUUUGUGAUCUCAGUCAGCACUUAUUCUGUGAUUUCUUACACAAACCUUAAGGUUAAAUAAAAACGUUAUUUUUUUUACUAGUUAUCCAGCAGCUGUUUUCCAGCAGCUGGACAAAUCUUCAGAGGGAAUUUUUGUGGCCCCACAGGUGUCGGCUCUGGGCAAAUAUAACAUUUAAAUCCUAUAUUUCCAUAGAUUGUGAUGGCUACUGGCAUGACCCGAGCAGCUGGCUUUGUGUACAUGCCAGCAUAGCGGAAGCCUGUGGAAAUGGUCGGGUUUAAAUGCUGGUCUUGCCCCGGGUAAACAUUUUAUCAGUCCGAAAAAAAAACUUUGGAGACACAACCUGCUACUGGAUAACUGUGGGGAAAAAAAUAACGUUUUGACCUUUUACCCUUAGGUUUACGUAGGGAACACUAUGUGAAUGAAUCACGGAGUAACAUACAGAAUGCUGAGGUCUCAGAUGUUGCCAUACCAACGGCAGAUUACAUCAGCUGUAUCCAAUUAAUAUUGACUUCAUAAUGGCUCAAAUGGAACUUUGUUUCUUAGGGGAAGAAACACCACAUCAUAACUGCGAGUGGACUGUGUGGUUUUGUAACAGAGUGGCUUCUCUAGAGAAUCUAGCUGAUUGCGUGACGUCAAUUUUAACCUUUUCAUAUUAAUAUUUUAAGAUGAUCAUUUUAAUAGUUCUGUAUCAGGACUUUGAGCAUUUGGAGCAAGUUGCUCGCGGAACACGAGGUGUAAAAGCAAGUAAGCACCACUUGUUAUUUUCAGCGUGCCAGACACUUAAUCAACAUUUCAUAUUUGACCCUGUUAAUCUAAUUAUCAGGUUGUAGGUGCAGGUUGUAAAGUGUUUAUGCCACCUCCGCUAACCAAGGGUGAUUACAGAUCUUAUAACUCUAACCUAAGAUGGUUCAGAUACAAAAUGCAAAUGUAAUACUGAAUUCAUAUUCCAUAAAACGUUAUUGAACCCCAACCUUAAUAAAAGCAAAGAAUCUGAGCAAUAAGAGGGAAAACCAAGAGGAGACUGUGGAGAAGAGAAUGUAAAAGUGGGGGAAAGACGUGUCACAGCCCGAUUUAAUUAAACUGAAUGUAGUCCAAGUUUGGUGUCAUCCAGGGGGGCAAUUGGAGGAUGCAUGCUUCCUUGGUGUAAGAUAAAUAACAUGUUGCAUCCUGUUGUUGUUGUUAACAAUAGACUUUUGUUUUUUUACGUCUGAAGGAAGGAGAAAUCAACGAUAUAGCCGCCCACCACCAUCCUUGUUAAAUUUCAACUAAUCACCCUGGAACCCUUUUGAUCAGCUCCUUUCAAAUCAGAGAUGAUUCAUGAAGGGAAGGAGAGAAGAACAAGAGGGGGAUGAUAAAAGGUAUUGGGUUGCAUCUAGAGUCAAUAUGCUGCUUUUUGUGUAGCCUUCAAACUAACGCACAUGGAACUGGGAAGAGAGAUCUCCCUUCUUUUUUUUUUUGUUUCGUAUUAACUUCCCCUUCAUUGUAUUCUUGAAACUGGAGACUAGAAAACACUGCAACUCCGGGCAUUUUGCCCACAACCUCUUUUUCAAAGUCAGACUUGCGUUUGGGCUCCAAACCAAUAUCUGGCUCUGCAUUAGUUUUUGAGGACAAAAUAAAAAACUGCUUCUGUACCUUUUUCAGAGUGUUUUAUUUUUCAGUGUUCCAGUUUCAAGUGACCAUCAGACUUGAAGCAGUCCUGAGCAGUGUGUGAAAGACAAACUAAAUCCUUUCACUGAAAUGAUUCCAGGAAUUGAUGCUGUAAAGCUAUACUCAAAUAUUUUAUGUCUCAUCACUAUGUAUAUCUGAUGUCUUAACAGCUAUUCCUUUGUGACAAUGAAGCAACCCAGGUGUCGCUAACCUCAUCCUUUUUUUUUUCUUUUUGUUUUUUUUUUUUAAAAAGAGUGUGAUAGAGACUUUUUUUUCAGAUUGGUGUGCAGUCUGUCUCUGGCUCCUUCUGUAUGCAUAAUUCUGGGUUUGUUUCUUAUGAUUGCAAAAAUGAAUCCUCAAGCCACCAAUUAAAAUAUGUCAUUUUUACAGAC